AUGCACUAUAUUGCUUCCAAGUUCUGUGCCGUCUCACCAGGAGAAAUCUAUCAAAGCGGCUCGAAAACUCCGAAGACGAUCGAUGCUAGGGCAGAUUCGAGCAACUUCUCAACAGGGAAUAAUCACUACACCAACAACAAACAUUCUAAGGAGGAGAAUCCACUAAGAAUUUCGGAGAACAAACUACAUUCCAGUCAAGAUCCGCUAGACCAACGCAAAGCAACGCAAAGUGACGAACCGAGGCAUCAGUGUGACAUUUGCGGGAAGUCCUAUACCAACAGCAGUUAUCUGGCCUAUCACAUAACGACCCACACUGGGCAAGGACAAAAGCAUGUGUGCGACAUUUGCGAGACAAGUUUUGCCACAAAAUACAUGCUGGCAAACCACAGGAGAACACACACCGGCGAACGACCAUUCUCCUGUGACGUGUGUAGCAAAACGUUCAACAGAGUCAGCAGUCUGAACUAUCACAAAACAAUUCAUUCGGGAGGGAACAAAUUCAAGUGUGAGAUAUGCUCCAAAGAAUUCCCUAUGAAAAUGCAAUUGUUGAGACACCAGAAAACGCACAGCGAGGAACGACCGCACGUUUGUCUGAUUUGCGGAAAAGGAUUCCGAGUGGGAUAUUUACUCGUUAAUCAUAUGCGCAGUCACACCGGGGAGCGGCUGUUCAAAUGUGACAUCUGCGGUUCGUCGUACACCCUGGCUACCAGCCUGAUCGCGCACAGACGGAUCCACAUGAGCUCCGAGGGAAAACCGUUCAAAUGUGACCUUUGCGAUGCACGGUUCACCCUCAAGGGCAACCUGGUGGCGCACGGUAAGGUACACACGAAGGAACGUUUUUUCAACUGCUCUCGGUGUGCGAUAACGUUCGCCUCGAACGAGGAGCUAAAGGAGCACAAGCAAAUCCUGCACGGUGAGCGGCUGUUCAAGUGUGCCGUUUGUGAGAAAGCUUUUCUUUCCGAAAAAAAUUUGCGGGAACAUCGCACGAUACAUACCGGUGAGAGGCCGCACCACUGUUCGAUUUGCGGGCAAAGCUUUCGAAGGUCCAGUAAUCUAACGAGCGACUGGAACGCUCUGGUGACAAAUCAUAAUAAUGACGGCAAACAUUAUAACGAAGGAAAAGUCUGUCUAAAUUCGGGAAAUAUUCGCGUUAAUUCAUACAAAUGUGAUGUUUGCAAUAAAACAUACUCCAGUUACGAUUUGCUAGAUCAACACCGGCAGAGACACAAUGAUAAGCCGGAUAAGAAGUGUGUUGGUCCUACUUCGGCUGGACACCAGUCGAAGUACAGGUGUGACAUUUGCGACAAAGAAAUAAAAGGUAAAUACCUUCUGGAAGAGCAUAUCCGAAGACACACCGACGAGCGUCCAUUCCCGUGUGACAUAUGUGGCAAAACGUUUCUCGCCGUUGGCAGACUGAAGACCCAUAAGCUGAUUCAUUCGAUAUCAAAUAACCUCAAAUGUGAAAUUUGUGCCAAAGAGUUCACCCAGAAAGCAAGUUUUGCGAAUCACAUGAAAAUUCACUCAAGUAACAGAUCGUUGAAAUGUAACAUCUGCGACAAAGAGGUAAAAUAUAAACAUCUCCUGGAAGAGCACAUGAGAACACACACCGGCGAACGUCCGUUCGCGUGUGACGUAUGUGGCAAAGCGUUCCUUACAGUACGUACUCUUAGAAGCCAUCAUAAGACGAUUCAUUUGCAAAAUAAUAAUUUCAAAUGUGAAAUCUGUGCCCAAGAGUUUACCUGGAAAGUAAGUUUGGUGAAACACAUGACAAUUCACCCGAAUGCCGGAAGCAGCAGCCUCCCAGCGCAAAGUGAAGUAAACGCAACAGACUGUUUUGAGUGCGGAAUGAAAUUCCCCUCGAGCAAAGAUCUCAGGAAGCACAACCGAAACGUACAUGCCGAUCGACCGUUCAAGUGUGAGCUGUGUGAGAAAGCUUUUCUUUGUCGUGAAAAUCUACGGGACCAUCUAGUGGUGCACGACGAUAGAAAACCGCACGAGUGUUCGUUCUGUGGACAAAGCUUCCGACGGUCCAGUAAUCUCGCAAGGCACGUCCAGUUGCAUACCAAGCAGAACUUAGACAGGGAUAGGCCUUUCGCGUGUGACAUAUGUGGCAAAACGUAUCUUACAGAUAGUGCUCUGAGGCAACAUAAGGCGAUUCAUUCGCAGGAAACUUUCAAAUGUGAAAUUUGUGCCAAAGAAUUUACCUGGAAAGCAAGCUUGGUGAAACACAUGAGAAGCCUGAAGGCACAUUUGGAAGAAAGAAAUUUCAAAUGUGAAAUAUGUCCCAAAACAUUCGCCAGGAAGCAAUAUUUGGCGAAACACAUGAGAUUUCACACGAGUAGCGAAUCGUUUAAAUGUGACCUUUGCGAUGCUAGUUUCCCCUUCAAAUGGGGACUCAUAAACCACAGUAAAGUACAUGCGAAGGACCGCAUUCCAGCACUCGAAGGAGGAUCUGAAGGAGCACAACCGAAACUGACACCAAUGUUCGACGAUUUGUAG